AUGGUCUCUAUCGUGAUGCAACGCAGACGCUCCCUAGCUAUGCCCUCCAAAUCGCUUCAAGGCAAUAAGAUCCUUAAACUGUGCCUGGUAUGUCGGCAGAACAAAACCAAAUGUGAUGCUGCUGCCAGAAGACCUCACCCAUGCACUUACUGCUCGAAGAAGAACCUCGUCUGCGUGUUUGACGUGACGAAACCCUCCAAACGCUCGUAUGACCUUACCGAGAAAUUGGUCGCCGAGGUCCUGGAACUUCACAACAAGCUUGACCAUAUCAUCGAGAGCAAGGCUCGCCUUGUUCGUCAGUUUCUUAGGAAGACCCCUUCUACUCCAGCGACUCCGCUGGAUAUGAUGGGUGCUCUCGCCUCCUCAGACUCCGACUCUGACGCUUCGGAAUCCAAUGUUCCCGCCUACAUCGACCCUAUCCCUACGCUUAGUCUAUCUAACUCGUUUGCCAUUCAUUCCAACCUGGCUUACGAACCUUGGACCAUUUCGUACGAUAGAGCGUUGUUUCUUCUUCAGAACUUCAAGGAGAACUUCCUCCCGUACUUGCCAGUGUUGCCAGAACUGUUCUUUGAAAAUCCAAAUUUGCACGAUAUCCACAAACAGAGCGAUCUCUUGUUCUGGUCUAUCAUCGUCACGUCGCUACUUAACCAAAAUCUGCCUGAAGAGUACCGUAUCUUGGCUCGUCAUGUGCAAAACUUGGUCGUGGUGAGUUGCUGGUUCAACACACCUCGUUCCUUGUACAGUUUGGUCACUUUGUUGAUUCUUACCACCUGGCCGUUACCUGACGACCGUUCUCCAAAAGUUCAGAGUAACAUUUCUGUCAAGUAUAUCUCGUUGAUGAAGAGCUUGUCUCUUCAGUUUGGCCUUCAUAAGUUGGACUUUAUUAGUGAGUUCAGCAAGAAGACAGAUUUACAGGUGGCUCAAAAGCCUGAUGUCAACGAUAUUAUGCGUGAAAGAAUCUACAAGUAUGUCAACAUCAACUCAAACUACUGGUUAGUUUACCUUGGGUUGUCUAACUCGAACUAUAAUGGGUUCCACCAAGACUACAUCAUCAACAAGUCUGCCAACAUUGACAUUUUCAACAAGGACUCUUUUGAUGGUACCGACAAUUUCAUCAAUUCGCUCCUUAAGAUUUCCUUGAUUCAACUGAAAAUGAAUGAAAGUAUGAAUGACGUUGUUGAGAGCUCCAACAAGAUGAGUAAGCUCAUCCACUUAAACAUGUUCGAGCAAAUUCUCUCCGACUUCAGCAAGAAGGAAUCUACCCCAUUGGUGAAGGACAACUUGAUCGCGAUGUCCUUGGAGUUUUCCAAAUUGCAGUUAUACAUUUACUACUUUUCUAAGGUUGACAUCGCUCUUGAUGAGUACAGAGAUGUGAUCUACAGAGCCAUCAAUUGUUGCUCUGCCAUUCUUGAUUUGUUUGGUAAGUCCUUUGGUAAUGUUGGCAACUUCAAUCAAAUACCAAUGCACUACAGGUUCUGUAUCGAAUUGGCCUCGCUUGUGCUUUUGGAUAUUCACUCUAGUCCGCUUUUGCGCCUGAUCAGUGACUACCAAUUUGUCAAGCUGAAGUUCUCUGAGGCAUACUCAUACUUGUCGAGGUGCGUCGGUGAUAGACUGUCUUCUACCAACAGACUCAUGAAGAUUAUCACCAAGUUUGACUCAUGUAACAAGGCCAAGCUUCUUGCCUUGAGAAGUAAAGAGCAGUCGUUUUUUCUCAUCAACAAGAUGAGCAAUUACCUCAUCUCCGGUUUGCACUACGAGUUAAUCUGGCAUGUCUACCAAACUGAGAGACAUGAAUCGGAUGAGGAGCUCACUCAAAUCGAUUGGAGCUUAUUCGGUUUGAACCCCAAAAUACCCCAGCAUCAGAGUAUCAUGAACUAUGUUCUUGACUCAUCUUCAAUCUUUGCAUAA